AUGGCUACUGGCAAAGUUUUUCUGUUCCAAUGGCUACUUCUUCUAGCCUUCUUAUCAGUUCUUGUCUUGGCAAAAUCACACAACCUUCCUGGUUUUCGACAUGUAAGGAGAAACCUCCGAGAAAACGAUACAAUAAUAUCGUCUUCUCUGCAAACAUUUUACUAUAACCAGACACUCGACCAUUUCAACUUCCAACCUCAGAGCUUUGCAACAUUCCAACAGAGGUAUAUGAUCGAUUCUACACACUGGGGAGGAGCCGAUAAGAACGCCCCGAUUUUCGUGUUCCUUGGGCUUGAAGAGUCACUUGAUGAAAGCUUAAAAUUUGUUGGCUUUCUCUCCGAAAAUGCUCCCCGCUUCAAAGCUCUAAUAGUUUACAUAGAGCACCGGUUCUAUGGAAAAUCAGUUCCCUUCGUAACACAAGAAGAAGCACUCAAGAAUGAAACUCUCCGUGGUUACUUCAACUCGGCUCAAGCUCUGGCAGAUUAUGCAGAAGUGUUGGUGUACCUCAAGAAGAAAUUAUCAGCCACAUAUUCUCCCAUCAUCGUGAUUGGAGCAUCAUAUGGAGGAAUGCUGGCUACAUGGUUUAGACUGAAGUAUCCACAUAUUGCUGUGGGUGCCUUGGCAUCAUCGGCUCCACUUCUAUACUUGGAUGAAAUUGUUCCACAAGAUGCAUUCUUUAACACUAUUGCCAACGAUUUCGUGGAAUCUAGUGAAAGUUGCGGUGAAACCAUAAUGGCAUCUUGGGAUGAAAUUCAUAAAUUGGCUUCAAGGCAUGAUGGCCUUUCAAUUUUAAGUCAAAAAUUCAAGACUUGUCAGAAAUUGAACGAUGUGUCUGAACUUUUGACAUACUUAAAGCUAGUUUACUAUCUAGUUGUCACACUUGACACACCACCAACCUAUCCACUUGAUGUGCUAUGUCGUGGCAUUGAUGGGGCGAAGAAUGUAAUUGAUGUUUUGGAUCGGAUAGUAUCUGGCCUCAUUGCCUUGGAAGGAGAAAAAUCUUGUUACGUAAAUAUAACCGAGAUGCAACUUUACUACGAUCAAUUUUCAGGUUCUAAUUGGCAGAUGUGUAGCGAUUGGGUGAUGACGAUUAACUUUGACAAUGAUGCAACAGUCCCUCCACCUCCAUUUAAUUUGGAAAGAUAUGUUAAGCAAUGUGAGAGCUUCUAUGGUGUCCCACCUAGACCUCAUUGGAUGACUACCUAUUUUGGAGGCCAUGACAUGAAACUCGUACUAAAAAGGUUUGGAAGUAACAUCAUAUUCACCAAUGGUUUGAGAGACCCAUGGAGCGGCGGAGGGAUUUUGAAACACAUAUCAGACAGCUUAGUUGCCGUUGUUACCAAGAAUGGAACACAUGCCUUAGAUCUAUUUAAGGCUGAGAAAAGUGAUCCAGAUUGGUUGGUGAAGCAGCGCAACACAUCGCUUAAGAUCAUUAAAGGAUGGAUCAAAAAGUAUUAUGAAGACCUUCGUGAACUAAAUCUAAAAUAAAAAUGAAG